CGAUUAUCGUUUGGCGUGGGUCGUUUAGUAGGAUCUCCAUCACCAAGAAGUCAAUCGCCAUCGCACUCCUUGGGUCCAUCAUCACCACGGCCAUCGCGGGACCCGGAGAUCGACAUCGAUGUAGAAGAAGACGAGGAAGAAGAUGAAGAAGUGGAUGUCGACGUUGAGGAAGUGGACGACGAGGAUGAAACAGAGAUAAAGGGUGGAUCCAGUGAAAGAGAUUUUUCAUCGCGGUCAACUCACUCAACCCCGUCACCGUCGCGGUCACUAAUUCGCGAAUCUACAUCGCCGUCAUCAAGUAGUCGGCCACCUAGAAAAUCUGGUGAUAGUUUCAGUGUUUCGGCACUACUAAGGCCAGAUCCUCCGACCAGCCAACGUACUUCUUCCUCGGACGAUUCUUCUUCAGCAGUGACAACUGUUGCACGCCAUCAACCUGGUCCUACAACGGUGGCCGCGGUUGCAGCUGGAAUCGGUUUAUACCCACCGUUACAUCUCCAAAGCGGAUUAUUACCGCCUCAUCCACAUCAUCCGCUGUCUUACCUCCAUCCGCAACUAAUUCCUCAUCAUCUUUUACCGCCGCAUUUACAUCCCCUUCUGAGAACGGUUCACCCAGCGCACCCAGGACUUCAUUCAGCUCACUCGACUCACGGUCUUCAUCAUCCACAUCCGCUCGGUGAUGUUUACAGCUGUGUUAAAUGUGAUAAAAUGUUCAGUACGCCUCAUGGUCUUGAGGUACACGCAAGAAGGUCGCACAAUGGUAAACGUCCGUUUGCGUGUGAAUUGUGUAAUAAAACGUUUGGCCACGAGAUAAGUUUAACCCAGCAUCGCGCCGUGCAUUCUGCUGAAAAAGUGUUCGAAUGCAAGCAAUGUGGAAAGUCAUUCAAAAGGUCAAGUACGCUGAGUACACAUCUGCUUAUUCAUUCAGACACUCGGCCGUAUCCUUGUCAAUUUUGUGGCAAGCGAUUUCACCAGAAAAGCGACAUGAAAAAGCACACUUACAUUCACACAGGUACGUUUAUU